AUGUCGCUUGGGUUAAUAAAUAUUCUUACCUUGCUACCACAAACGUGGCAAGACUGGAUUUUUCCACCAACCACUGUCCCAGAUGUCCAAAAUCACCCUUCUAAGAUCCAACUGAGUCGCAUCUCUCACGUCUAUUUCAACCACCGAGACUUGGAGACCUUCAGUCUAUUCGCUAAGGACUUUGGAUUCGUUCAAGCAGAGCGCAAAGGAGAUACAAUAUAUUACCGUGGCUAUGGUAGAGAUCCCUACGUUUAUGUGGCCUCUCAGAGCACAAUUCGGCGAUCUCGCUUCAUGGGUACAGCCUUCGUGGCAAAGGACCAGGAGAACUUCGACAAAGCCCUGGCGCUCCCAGGCGCAUUGGUCAGAGAUCUUGAAGAAGCCCCAGGAGGUGGACGAAUGAUCACCUUCGAAAGACCCAAUGGAACUUUUUUGCAUGUGGUGUACGGCCAAACAGAGCGGGUAAUCGGAGAAAUCGACCAAAAGGUCCCAUCAGCUACCCAUGACUCCCACGGCCCCUUCAAUGCUCCAUUGGAUAAACCACGCAAAGGCCAAUUCCAACGGUACCAUGAUGGACCGGCACUGGUACACAAAUUGGGCCAUUUUGGAUACGUGUGCAAGGAAUUCGAACAGGAACUUGAAUUCUACACCUCGAACUUCAAUUUUGUGCACUCCGACAUCCUGAAUCUCCCACAACUCCCACAUAUCGACGUCAUGACAUUCAUGCAUUUGGAUUUAGGCACCGAAUACAGCGAUCACCACAGCUUCUUCCUGCAGCGUGCGCCACCAGGAACUCGCGAGACAUAUAUUCACCAUAGCUCGUUUGAAGUCAAUGAUUUCGAUACCCAAUUGUUAGGUCACAAAUAUCUUGCAAAGAAGGGUUGGAAGUCUGUAUGGGGUGUGGGUCGGCAUAUUCUGGGAAGCCAGAUUUUUGAUUAUUGGUACGAUUCAAGCGGUUUCAAAAUUGAGCACUAUGCGGACGGAGAUGUGGUAAAUGACAGUAACCCAACACGGAGGGAGCCAGUAGGGCCGUUGUCUGUUUGGGGUCCUGAGUUGCCGAAGGACUUUGGUGAUAAUAAUGCCAGGUAA